AUGGCGGCAAUGAUGCCGAGCGCCUCAACCUCUUCGGGCAACCCCUACGACGACGAUGCAGUGGAGCGCGAUUUGAUUGACCCAGACGAUGCGACCCUCGACGACCUAGACGACCCGCUGCAGGGGACCUCGGACCGCGCACCGCUGACUGGAAACAUCUCAUCGCGGUCAGGUGCUGCGAAUACACAGUCCUACUUGACCUCGAGCAUCCCUGGCGAGGACCGUCGCGCGCCCACCAACACCAUCGACGAGACGGUAUGGGAUACGCUGUCGCGGGACCUCCUCGCGAUAUGGGAGAAGAUGAAGCAGGUGCUGUACCCCAAGUACCUGCUGGGCGGCAUGAUGCAGCGUGGAGGGGGUAUUGGCGCUGCAGAGCGUGGUGAAGCAGAUGGCCUUGGGGGAAGCUUGAGAAACCUGGCAGGCAGAUGGCCUGACGCAGACAUCCUUCUUGAGAGCGGCAUGAGCGACGGGCUAAGAGACUGGGACUUGUGGGGACCGCUGGUCUUUUGUCUGCUACUGAGCUUGUUCCUCUCGUGGGGCGCGGGAGGCAAGCAGAAGGAGAUUGUUUUCUCGGGCGUCUUUGCCAUGGUCUGGAUCGGCGAAGCAGUCGUCACGAUGCAGAUCAAGCUCCUGGGAGGCAGCAUGUACGUUGACCAUUUGAAGCUCAAGGGAUACAUACUGACUACAUACAGUGCCUUCUUUCAGUCCGUCUCCAUCAUCGGCUACACGCUCUUCCCGCUCGUCAUCGCCUCGCUCCUCAGCGCCAUUGGCAUUCCUAUCAUCGUCAGAGUGCCCGUAUACUUGGUCCUUGUAGCCUGGUCUCUGGCCGCGGGUGUGUCAAUUAUGGGCGGAAGUGGUGUGGUCAGGAAUCGCGUGGGCAUCGCAGUAUACCCGCUGUUUGUCUUCUACAUGCUCUUGGGCUGUCUCUGUUUUAUCAGCUAG